AUGUUCUCAGCUCCUGUUGAGCAGAUGCUGCAAUGCCCGUCUGGGCCGUUCAUCACGAUGGACAAGAGAUCAUGGAACAAGCCCCACAUUGAGGUUGCCCCAAAUUGUCCUCGCUGUGCCUCUUCCAACACCAAAUUUUGCUACUACAACAACUACAGCCUCUCGCAGCCUAGGUACUUUUGCAAAGGGUGCAGGAGGUAUUGGACCAAAGGCGGUUCUUUGCGCAACGUGCCUGUAGGCGGCGGUUGUCGCAAGAACCGUCGCGGGAAGGCGGCGAAGCUCUCGCAGGCUGACCGCGCUUCCAUGUCUUGCUUUAAUCAUAACUCGAGUAGUUCUGAUGACACAUCUGGGCAGUACUCAAGUGGUACUGAUAACCAGCCAGGUGGAGGCAAUGGAUCAGAUAUUGAUUUGGCUGCUGUGUUUGCCAAGUUUUUGAACAACAACUCCUCCAACCCUGCUGAUGAGCAUGAUCAUCUUGAUCAAGAUCAUGAACCCAAUUUGGUAAUUUCCAGCUCAGAGCUAAAUGAUGUUGAUGGGUCCCAAAAUUCUUCAAAGGCUGAUCAAGAUCUUGUUGAAGCCGUUGAUCACUUGCUUGGAGGCCUAGUAGCUCCUGAUCAUCAUGAUCAUCAACAUCAACAAAUACAAGAAGAAAAUGUUCAGAGUUUUAUGGGAAUUAAUCAUGAUCAACAACAACAAGAUGAUAUGAAUAUUCAUCAAUUUGGGUUACAGGGUUUGCUAGGGAAUGAUGACCAAGUGGUGCAAGAUGUGUUUUGGUCCGAUGAUGCAGCAACAACGUCGUCUUUGACGAGUAGCACUGCUAGUUUUUCAUGGCAGCCCAUGGUGCAUCUGCAAGAGCUGGACUAUUCACUACCGUCCGAUGAUGAUCAUAUGAAGAUCCCCACCAAUCUUUGUAGUGAUAAUUGGAGCUCCUUUGAUUUUUCAGGAUUUGAAGUUUUCUCACGGUCUUAA